AUGGUCUUCUCUUAUGGUCGCGUUUUCACCGCUGCCUGUGCCCUGAUGGGUACUGCGGCAGCCGUCACCCCUCUUGAGGUGAAUGGAAAGGAUUUCGUCAACUCCAAGACUGGCGAUCGUUUCCAAAUCAUUGGUGUCGACUACCAGCCCGGUGGUCAAUCGGCCUUCACUUCCAAGAAGGACCCUCUGAGCCAGCCCGCGGCCUGUUACCGUGAUGCCGCUCUCAUGCAGCGUCUGGGUGUGAACACCAUCCGUGUUUACAACCUUGAGCCCAGUCUCGACCACGACGAGUGUGCCUCCAUCUUCAACGCGGCCGGCAUCUACAUGAUCCUCGAUGUCAACUCGCCUUACUCGACUGGCUCGCUGGACCGCUCCAAGCCCUGGACUUCCUACAACUCAGGCUACUAUGAGCAGGUCUUUGGUGUCAUCGAGGCCUUCAAGGCUUUCGACAACGUUCUCGGUUUCUUCGCCGGUAACGAGGUCAUCAACGAGGAUGCCGUAUACAGCACCCCCGCCUACGUCCGUGCCGUCGUUCGUGAUAUGAAGGAGUACAUUGCCAAGCAGGCAGACCGCGCCAUUCCCGUUGGUUACUCCGCUGCUGAUAUCCGCGACAUCCUCAUGGAUACCGCUACCUACUUCGAGUGUAACCUCAAGAACUCUACUUCAUCUCGCGCUGACUUCUUCGGUCUAAACUCUUACUCUUGGUGCGGUGAUGCUAGCUACACCUCCAGUGGCUACGAUGUCUUGACUGAGGACUUCUCCAACGCUACUCUGCCCGUCUUCUUCUCCGAGUACGGCUGCAACGAGGUCAAGCCCCGUACCUUCAGCGAGGUCCAGGCUCUUUAUGGCGAGGACAUGACCCAGGCUUUCUCCGGUGGCCUUGUCUACGAGUGGACUGAGGAGGACAACGAGUACGGUCUGGUCAAUGUCAACAACACCGAUACCAUCACUACCUUGAUCGACUUUGACAACUUGCAGAAACAGUUCAACAAGCUCGACAUGGACCGCAUCUCGUCUAGCAACAAGACUCAGACUAGCAUUGAUCCUCCAACUUGCGCUGCCAGCCUCAUUACCAGCGGUGAAUUCUACAACUCCUGGGAUCUUCCUGCUGCCCCCUCCAAGGUCUCUGACUACAUCAAGAGCGGUCUUCCCGAUGCCAACAAGGGUAAGGUUGUGACUGUCUCCAGCACCGCUAUUCCUCAGAAGGUCUACGACUACACUGGCAAGGAGAUCACUGGUGUCUCUUACAAGGUCCUGGCCGGCGAUGAGACUGCCGGUCCUGGCAGCAGCAGCAACUCUUCUUCGACUACAUCUUCUUCUGGAUCUUCCAGCACCACCAGCAACCCUGCCUCCAUGAACAAUGCCCCUGUGGCCUUUGGUGGUGUUGCCAGCAUCUUCAUGCUGGUUGCAUCCCUCCUCUAG